CAGGCACCGUCGAGCCGAGCCCAGCCGAACCACAAACCCGGAGUAGAUGGAUCGUCUCCGAGCCUGAAAGCCCGCUCCGAGACCCGGAUUAAAGACGUGGACCGGACCUGGCCGCUCCCGGGACGAAAACCGGACUAAUUCCCGAGUGCGGGAGCUUUUCCACCGGAGUGAAGACGCGUCGGUACCCGGGCCUGCUUGUCCAACAUGGCGGACGCUGAGGUGUCCUUGUCCCCGGCUCUGCGGCCGCUCCACCUGAGCCCCUCCCACUCCGCCCAGCCCCCUCCCCCGGCAUCCUCCUCCUCCCCCACCACCUUCUCCUGCCCCUCCUCUCCUUCCAGUGCCUCCUCUUCUUCCUCAUCUUCGUCCUCCUCCUCCUGCUCUGAGAGCUCCUCAGACUGCCCCGCUCACCACCACCAUCAUCAUCAUCACCACCACCAUCACCACCACCCCCGCCCUCAGCUGCAGCUGCCCCCGCCCUCCCACAGCGAGCAGCCGUCCUCCCCCAGCGCCAGCCCCCGCAGCUCCAGCCCCAGCGGGAGCAUCGGCAGCACCGGCAGCCUCGGCAGCAGCAGCGCCAGCGAGGGCAUCGGCAGCAGUGGCAUGUCGAGCGGUGGCGACCCGCGAGGACCCAGUCCACCGCUGGACGUCAUCUCAGAGGACGCCAUGGAGAUGGACCUGGGGGUUGACCAAGUGAUCGACCCCGAGGUAGCCCUGAAGGCUUGCCAGGAAGUGCUCCUCAAAGUCAAGCUGCUCGACAACAAACAACAACAGGAUGAUAAACAACAGCAACAACAGUACGCAGACGUCACAGAGCGCUGCAGUCCACAGUGGCACAUCAACCCUGACACCAGCUCCAUCAAGGAAGAAGACGAGGACGCGGAGGAAGGACAAAGAGAAGGCAGUUCAUCCCAGCAGGACCCAGCACGUCCUACGCCUCGGCCGGAGUCUUCCUCGCCUUCGUCGUCCAAACAGUCGUGGCUGCUUCGCCUGUUUGAGUCCAAGCUGUUCGAUGUUUCCAUGGCGAUCUCCUACCUGUACAAGUCAAAGGAGCCAGGGGUGCAGGCGUACAUUGGCAACCGCCUCUUCAGCUUCCCCGACAGCGAGGUGGAUUUCUACCUGCCCCAGCUGCUCAAUAUGUAUGUGCACAUGGACACCGAGGUGGGAGACGCCAUCAGACCCUACCUGAUCCACCGCUGCAGAGGCAGUAUCACCUUCUCUCUGCUGACGGCCUGGCUGUUGGGCGCCUACUCCUCCGACAUGCACAUCUCCACCCAGCGUCACUCCAGAGGCACCAAACUCCGAAAGCUCAUCCUGUCCGAUGAACUCAAACCUCCUGCUCCUCCGUCCGAUGCUCCACGAUCUGUUUCGGUCUCCGAGAGCCCGCUGUCCUCGCCAUCCCACCGCCGCGGUCACCGCAGGCACAACAGCAGCAAUGUGGAGGCCUCGUCCAUGGCUGGCCCCACCCCGGACAGCCCUUCGCAGGGGGAGACGGAGGUGUUCAUGUCCCCGUCCAGGAGGACCCACCAGAGAUCUAAGUCAGACGCCACCAUGGUGAGCAGCGGGCCUGGCGCCGGCCUCCGACGGACAGGGAGUAACCCAAAAGUGGAGGCGGUUCAUGAGGAGCCGGAGCGUCUUCGUCCUCAGAGGGAGUUCGUCAAGUCGCUGCUCUGCAUCGGGAAGCGUUUGGCCACGCUGCCCACCAAAGAGCAAAAGACCCAGCGGCUGAUCUCUGAGCUGUCGCUGCUCAAUCACAAGCUGCCGGCCAGAGUGUGGCUGCCCACAGCUGAGCACCAACACCACGUCUGCAGGGUCCCCCACACCCAGGCCGUGGUCCUCAACUCCAAGGACAAGGCUCCCUACAUCAUCUACGUGGAGGUAUUGGAGUGUGACAGCUUCGAGACAUCUCCUGUUCCCAUCCGGAUCCCAGAGACGAGGAUCCGCUCAGCUCGCUCUGCAGAGAACCUGGACUGUGGUGCUGCAGCUAAUGCUAACAGCGGUGGCAGCAUGACAUCAGAGCACAGAGCAGGAAGUUUUUCCACUGUCCCAAACUAUGACAAUGACGAUGAGGCGUGGGCGACCGACGACAUUGGUCAGCUGCAGGUGGAGGCGGAAGCUCAGACCAGCAGCAGCGACAACAUCAGCCAGUUUUCAGUCGAUAGCAUCACAAGUCUGGAGAGCAAAGAGCCAGUGUUCAUCGCUGCCGGAGACAUCAGACGUCGUCUGUCGGAGAACCUCGCCCACACUCCCACCACGUUCAGAAGAGACCCCGAGGACCCAUCGGCCGUCGCCCUCAAAGAACCCUGGGAGGAGAAAGUCAGGCGGAUCAGAGAAGGCUCUCCAUACGGUCACCUGCCCAACUGGAGGUUGCUUUCGGUCAUCGUGAAAUGUGGAGACGACCUGAGGCAGGAGCUGCUGGCCUAUCAGGUCCUCAGACAGCUGCAGUCCAUCUGGCAGCAGGAGAGAGUUCCUCUGUGGAUCAAACCCUACAAGAUCCUGGUGAUGUCUUCAGACAGCGGCAUGAUUGAACCUGUCCUCAACGCCGUCUCUCUGCACCAGGUGAGAAAACAGAGUCAGCUGUCGCUGCUGGACUACUUCCUGCAGGAGCACGGCAGCUUCACCACCGAGGCCUUCCUCACUGCUCAGAGGAACUUCGUCCAGAGCUGCGCUGGAUACAGCCUCAUCUGUUACCUGCUGCAGGUCAAAGACAGGCACAACGGGAACAUCCUGCUGGACUCUGAAGGCCACAUCAUCCACAUUGACUUCGGCUUCAUCCUCUCCAGCUCUCCUCGCAACCUCGGCUUUGAAACGUCCGCUUUCAAGCUCACCUCAGAGUUUGUGGACGUGAUGGGCGGUCUGGACGGAGACAUGUUCAUCUAUUAUAAGAUGCUGAUGCUGCAGGGUCUGAUCGCAGCCAGGAAACACAUGGAGAAGGUGCUGCAGAUAGUCGAGAUCAUGCAGCAAGGUUCCCACCUACCCUGCUUCCACGGUUCCAGCACCAUCCGCGGCCUGAAGGAGCGUUUCCACAUGUCUCUGACGGAGGAGCAGCUGCAGCUGCUGGUGGAGCAGCUGGUGGACGGAUCCAUGCGCUCCAUCACCACCAAACUCUACGACUCCUUCCAGUACGUCACCAAUGGCAUCAUGUGACCCGGGACAGCUGGGACGACGAGGACGCCUUCGGACACGGCGUUUAAACUCUGACUGACUCUACAAACUUCAGAUCUGUGAUUCUGAUGGAAACCAGGAUCUGAACUGACAGGAUUUACUGGAUCUGAACUUGCUGAUUCUUCUGGAAUCUGAUGAAGGGGUCAGAUCAGUUUUUAGUCGUGAUCUUGUUAAAUUCAGCAUCUGGAACUUUUCCGUGUCGGAGAAACACUAAACAGGCUGAAAGCAUCACGGACAUUCAAAGCGCUGCUGCCUGCAACAAAAUAAACUCACAUCUAACAGACUGGAUUCUACUGGACUCGACUCAACCAGCUGCUGGUUUUAGGGAUCCUUCGGUUUCUGGAUCAGUUUGGAAGGUAAAGUUGCUGCUGAAAGAACUUAAUGUAGUCACUUGUUGAGCUGAACUCCCAAAAUCUGCACAUGAUUCAUCAGUUAACUACAAACCUAACAGACAACAGAGCUCAUUCCUCCUAUUAAACUGCUGGUUUCAGGCUUAUUGUCGUGUUUUGAUCAUUUUUAAGCGUCAGUGGACUCAUGUGACAGCCACAUGAUCCGUCCUCAGCCAGUAAGUAAACAUUCACAACAUCAAACACUAAUAUUAGUUCACAUCCUUUUAUCUUUUACAAGCUCCAAAUCUGAAGAAUACAAUGAUGCAAUUGAAGCUAAUUGAUUUAUCGGCCAUCAGAAGUUUACUGGCGAACACAAAUGAAAGAUGUUUUUGUCAUCAGAAAACUUUGCAAAAAGGUGAAUUAUAUUCUUUUUACAAGAACUGAUUUCACUCCCAGCAGUUUUUUCUCAAGAAAAAUAAAAGAUUUAAAAAAUAAAAUACUGAAAUGACUCAUCAGCUCGUUAUUAUAAGAUCUCAGUUAUGUGACAGCUUUAUUGUAACUGUUAGAUACUGUCUCAUAAUAAUGAGUUCUUUACUAUUUAAAUUUCCUCCUACAUUUUAAAGAGUUAAGCACAAAGAGCUUUGUCGUCCUCUUUCUUUCCUUUCAUUCAAGUCUUUGCAAGAAAAUGUAUCAGCAGAGAUAUUGUAAUGACAAGAUUGGGAGUCUCAUUAUUCCGAGAUCGUAGUGCAAUUAAACUGAUCAGUAGUCACCCACAUAAAGCUAAUAUUUUAUAAUUAAUUGAGGGAUUAAAAUCCUCAAUAAGCCAUCAGUCAUAUCUCUUCAACCUGCAGAGUCCAUUAAAGCCAACAUGACAGCAGCUUGUUUGCAGCUGAUCUUCUUCUGCUUCAUAUCAGAAACAUGCUAUUAAAAGACGUCUGCCAGCAGCUUUUGGUAGUGACCGAAGGAAUUUAUCUGUUUGUUCUUAAAGAACAGAAACACUAAAUAGAGAAAGCACAACAUGAACUCUGUGUUGUUUUCUUUGUAUCUGUUCUCUGGACGUUGACAGAAAAAAAUCUAAACGGUGUAAAAAAGAAAGAAAAAUGUCUAAAAUAUUACUGUUUUUUUUCUAGUUUGAAUGGUGUCUGAGACCAGUUUUAUCUUCUAGGAGGAUUCCUCGGUGUGCUGAAUUCUUUGUUUUUUCACCAGACAUUUAUCACAACUGCAGAAUCUGUGCGUCUCAUUAACGAUGAUUCUUGUUCGAAGAAACGUCUAAAAUUAGCAACUGAAUCUCUGUUAGCUUAGCUGUACUUAAGAUGAAUGUAAAAAUGCAUGCUAGCAUUAGCAUCCUUAAUGCUGGAAUGAGUCUUUAAUGCUUGUACAAACUGUGCAUCAACUAACUAGUUUGUUUCUUUGCACAGCAAUAUUUCCAGCCUGACAAGUUAAAUAUCGUGGCUAAGCAGUGAGAAGACAAUGUCCAGUGCUAGCUAGCAUUAGCUGGCAACUUUAAAUCCAAACGUUUUCGACUGAAGUUUAACUGCAGUGUUGUUUUCAUGUAAAGCAGAUUUAAUGGUCCAGUAAGUCAGUAUUGUAUUUUCCAUAUGUUAUGAAGGGCUAAUUGUUGCCACCUAAAUGAUCUAUUUUAAGGUCUUUAUCUAACGACAUAAAACUGAAAUAAGCUUCUUUUUUUUUUUUUCUGAAAGUGAUUUUCAGAAACACAAUAAACUACAAACUCUUUUGCAAACGUGACCAGUGUCUGGUGAAAACAAAUUCAGCACAUCGGUUUCUUUAAUCUGUGAUUUAGUGUUUCUGAACGCAGUCAUUUUAGGUCCGAGUUGAAUUUCAGAGCAAAUUCUUUUGUGGUUGAUAUAUUUCUGUCAACACACUCAGUGCACAUGCUAACGAUGCUAAUGAUACCACAACUCUACAGUGUUGAACUAAAAGGGCACAUUUACAUGGAGGGUGUCUAACAGGUUAGAUUUACUUUGAGCGAUAAAACUAUUGAUUUUGAAUAGAUUUAUGCAAAAACCUCACUCUCCCUAUUCACCAGCUGUUUAUCGCUUUGAACUGAAUUGAUGCGUUGGAGUUAUGCCAGUCUCUUAAUGAUUUUUGCAUAUUUAACAAAUGCUUCUUCUUUAUUGGCCACAAGAUACAUUCCUGUGAUAAAUGCCGGCCAAUCAGGAGAAGCAGCUCUGUGGAUUGGCUAAACAAGAGAGACGGACUCUGAAGCUUUUAUUUUUCUUUAUGAGAUCGUUGAUGAUCGGUUUCCUGAACAUGUGAAUGUUUUAUGGAGUAGUCCACUAAAACUAACGUUCUUCUCAGACAGUCGUGUUGUCAGUGUUGACAGGUAAAACCUUCCUGUUUCUGCUUUAACACUGAUCAUGAUGAUGUUGGAACUAACGCUGUAACACUAUGCAGUGGCUUUAUUCCAGUGUAUUUGUUGUGUACUUGGAAUAUCACUUUCCUUAAAAUAAUUGCCGCAUUUAAGGUAGACUAUCAAACAUUUAGUAGACAGCAACAUGUUGGGUUAGUUAACUCGCAAACAGUUUGUUCAGGUUUGUAAAUGCUAGCUUGCUUCUCUAUUGUAACAACAACUACAGUUAGUUAGCAACAAGACGGUCACUGCUAUACUACACCUUUUACAACUACAGUUGAAGAUUGACCACAAUCAAAUGGCAACAAUGCAGCUAGCUAGUGAUAAUAUACUGUUCAAUAAGCUACCUAUCGCAAUUACUGACGCGUUCAUUUCUGCUCAUAUUUGAAAUAAAACCUGAGUUAGAUGUAAAACUUGAGCAUUUUUCUCAAAUAAAAUAACAGAAUAGCAUAUGUCGCUACCCAGCAUAGCUACAUUAAAAAUGUAAUAGAUAACAACUAACAUUUACUCAGGAUUUUUUUUUUUUGGUCCUUUUUCUGAAAAAUGUCUGUUUUAUACAUGAAACAUAUUGACUAUUUACUUGUAAUAUUAGUGGGGUUGGUCUGUCACCACUUAGCUAACGACCUCUGACUAACUAGCUAAGUAACCACUCAACUCAAGGCUUUUAGCGGCGGCGUCGUCACGAUAACAGUUAACUGUCGCUGCGGACUUUCGAGUGAAACAGCAUUACAUUAAUAGUAAUGGAGAUGGUCUUAAAAGGUUACCAACUAGCUAAACAACUACCCAACUGCAGGAUAAUAAUCUAGCUGAGGCAGCAACAAAUCAUUUUGGAAAAAAUCAAAUAUCAUUUUACUGUAUACUUUUCCCUAUUUGCCAUUUUAAUCUAUCAGUAUUCUCAUUAGCCAUUAGCAUGAUAGUGAUUCAGCUGAAAUUCUCUACAAACCAGUAAGUUUUGAUGGGAGUUGUGUUUUUCAUUCUUGUGGCAGUGUGGGUGAAUGUUACAAACCAAAGUGUAACAAAAGGAACUAAUUAACGGAAGGACCAUUUGCCUCUGCUAGCUAAUGUGACACAAAACUGACUAGCUAGAUAGCUAGUGCUUAUUAUUAUGCUUAUAUUUUUUAAUUACAACUUCCGUUUUACUUUUUACUUUAUUUUUAUUCUUAUUUAAUUUUAUGUUCUACGUAAUGCGUCACUAAUUGCGACAGGAGGAACAAUCAGCUAGCAAUAACACGCUAAAGUGGUCGACUUGUGAGCAAACUGAUUCAAACAAAAGCAUCCCACUGGAAUAAAGCCAAUGUUUGGUGGCACUGUCACACGACUGACAAUUUGUACAGUUGUUUUCUGAAUGUUUUGACCACUAUUGAAGGAGAAGCACAGAUCUGUUGUUGUAAAAACAGCAUCACAUUACCUUCUGCUAACCAUUAGCCUGCUACUUUAUGCGCAGCUGUGACUAAAGUUUACCAGAUAAGCAACUUAAAUAGCAAAUGCUCUUUGGCGUUCUUUCUCUUUUUUUUUUUUCCAUGUGUGAAUAUGUAAAUGAACUGAAUUAGUUUUCCUGUGAGAAAAUCGAUGCCUUGAGAUGUACAGAAGGUACAAACUCUUAUCAAUGCAACAGGAGGGACGAAGAUGUUCGGACCUCAGAAGUGCUUUUAUAUCCGAUGUUUGACCGCUUCAGGAACGAAUUUCAACACUUAAAUGUUCUCCUCCCUUACAUAAAUAUAUAUUUCCAAUUAAGAUCACAUUUGAUAAUAGAAGCAAUUUUAAGCUGAAGUGAACCCUUGAUGUUGCAUAUAUUCAUUUUCACUAUUAACUAUCAAAAACUGCAAUAAAACUAAAAUAUUAGCUGCUAAAAAUUUUAGUUUCUGACUGAAGUCUGGUGAGGAAAUCGGUGUAGUUUGUUGAAACUCGUCCCUGCAACUCAAAACCUUUCAUUGCCUUCUUUCUUCCUUCCAUCAGCUCCGAACAGUCAACAGUUUCAAUGUGAAGAACUCUUUAAGUGCAUUUAUCCUAAAUGAAACGAUUCCUGUCAUUUGUAAAGAAAAAAAAAAAAAAAAAAAAUCCUUGUUGUUUUUGUUUUGUCUUUUUAAAACUUUUGUUGGUACUAAACCAUUAACUCUACAUCCAUUACAGCAGCUCUUUUUUUUUUUUAGUUAAUCGAAGCAUUUCUGCUGAACAACACGAGGCUUCGACGCUAACAUCACGAAAAAUGGUAACUUUUCACUAUGUGAAGAAAAACGACGUGGAAACACUUUUGCGUGAUUUCUGAGGUAUUUUAGAAACAGCAUCAUCUCAUGAGGCGAGAGGGGCGCAGAAGAGAGAGGAGUAAUUUGAAACAACAUUUUUAUCAUUUAGCCAAGCAUCAUUUCUAAACUCCAGAUGGUUUUGGUCCUUUAAAACUCUUCAAUUAUCUAUAAAACGUCAGUCUUUGUUGACACCAUUCGACCAGAUCUGAAUAUGAGUACAUCCUCCUCUUCAGCUCCUCUUCGCCUCAACUCUCAGACUCAGAAUGUAAAUCUGCAUCUUCACAUGGAGAAGCAGGAACGUCCACAUUAUUUUGUCCCGUAAAGACCCAGCUGACAAUCAGAGGUGUGCUGUUGUUUGUCUGCUGAAGUUCUCAAUCAUGUACAGAAAACAUCGUCCGGUCUGUCACGUCCUGACUAACUGCAUGGCAACUCAUCCAAUAAACCUGAAACCUGGUUCUGACCCGGACUAUUGUGGGGGUUUUUUUAAGCUUCAGCUUGCAGGAUUUGAGGUUGAAGCACCAAUGUGGAAAAAGUUGCUUAUUAACCAAAACAAAGCAACUCAGUAGAGAACUGAAACUGUUCUGACCUCCUGAAGAUGGUCACGGUUCUCUGAUUGUACCGGUGACGCUCUGCUGUGUAAGAAGCAUUCAGCCUGAUAGAAUAAACAGAAUAAAGGAACAUUUUACACA